AUGGUGCUGAGACUGAGAGCCUCGGGCCGUGCCUCCAUAGCUCCACAAACCUGUUGCUAUUUCCGCCGACAGCAAUAUUUAUUUCCCAUCGAAAUGAGGCCCAUCCGGGUAUACCAUUCCAAAUGGCCUCGUCCUCGUCAGCUGUUCUCCGGCAAUCGCCAUUACGGCCUCCAGCUCCAGAUUCGCCAGCCAUUGUCUACCGCACCCAGACUUGUCUCGCGCAAUCGUGAGCCUCUAUUGUACCCCGUGGCCGGAGCCCGAUACGCAUCAACCGCAAAGCCAUCAACCCAACCCACCACCGCCUCAUCCAACCAAACCCAACAAUCAAUCGAAGACCUACUCUCCUCCCUCCCCCUAACCCGCUACCUCCGCAGCAGCACAUCCCCCAAAUACAUCGAAUUCCGCCCCUACCGCACCAUGCACCCCUCCGCCCAGUCCACCCACCUAGUGACAACAUCCCUCCUCUCCAACCCAACCAAACUCCCCACAGACCCAAUCUUCUUCCUCACCUCCCCUUCUACCAAAACCAAAACCCAAACCCAGCCUCAAAUAAUAGCAACAGCCUACCUCUCCACCCACCUCACCGGCCACGCAGGGUACAUCCACGGCGGCCUCCCAUUCCUGCUCUUCGACGACGUGUUCGCCCGGCUCGCCGCCGAGAUAUUCCCUAGCCGGGUCGGGAUGACCGCGACAAUGGGUCUUGAUUUCCGGGCCCCUGCUGUGCCGGGGCGGGUUUAUGUGUGGCGGGCCUUUGUUGAGAAGAGGGAGAGUGAGAGGAAGGUGUGGGUGCGUGGGGAGAUGAGGUGUUUGAGGGAGUUUGGGGUUGGGGAGAUGAGUGCUAGAAAUGUAGUAGACAUUGACGUUGACGUUGCAGGGGGUGAUGGGGAUGGGGUUAGUGUUGAGGAGAGGGAGGGUGUGCUUGUUGCUGAGGCGAGGGCGUUGUUUGUUGAGCCUAGGCGGGUGGAGGGGAUGGUGCCGUUGUAUCCGAACUGA